GCUGCAUUCCUCUCCACUCCGCUCCAUUCACGCGAAGGGAGCCGUCGCAGAGAGAGCACCUCCAACUCCGCGACCAGCGUGGACAUGUACCCAAGUUUUGGAAUUUAAAAGCAUGGCAGGGACACCGACCCUACGGAUCACCUGAACCCGGCUCCCUCCUUGUGCCUCCCUGGAUGGUGUUCCUGAUGACUGCUCACAGCGCUGAAAACAGGACAGUGGAUCAAUAGGAGUUUUGUUUCUCCUUCCCUGCUCCUUCUUUCCCUCAAGCUCUUUCCCUCUUAUUCCUCAGAAGUGGAACUGGAAAUCAAAUACUAAUCCUAGGUACCACAGUUUGUACUCUUCCUCCUCCUCUCUUUCUCCUUCCCCAUUCCCCUAAGCCUUGCCUGUCAACACCCCAGAUAUGAAGCUUGACGUAUGGCCAGUAGCUGUCCCUGGCCAGGGGAAUUUGUCGCUCCUCAUGGGACUUUUACUCAUCGUGGGCUCAUCCCUCUCCGGAGGGCAGCCCCCACCAUUUAAACGGUUUUCCUCCACUGAGUGUUUACUUACACAUCUGGCCAUCCACAACAAGACUGGAGAGGUCUACGUAGGAGCUGUCAACUGGAUUUUCAAGCUGUCGAGUAACCUGACUAAACUGCGAAACCACAUGACUGGCCCAGUAGUGGACAAUGAGAAGUGCUAUCCUCCACCCAGCGUCCAGUCCUGCCCCCAUGACCUGGCCCAGACCCCCAAUGUGAACAAGCUGCUCCUUAUAGACUACGGUCAGAAUCGUCUCAUUGCGUGUGGCAGCACAUCACAAGGCAUCUGCCAGUUCUUGCGUCUGGAUGACCUUUUCAAGCUGGGCGAGCCUCACCACCGCAAGGAGCACUACCUCUCCAGUGUAGCAGAGUCGGGCACCAUGUCAGGGGUCAUCAUAAGUUCUCCACAAAAUCCCACUAGCAAGUUAUUCAUAGGGACCCCCAUUGAUGGCAAGUCUGAGUACUUCCCCACCUUGUCCAGCCGCAAACUGAUGGAGAAUGAGGAAAACGCUGACAUGUUCAGCUUCGUCUAUCAGGACGAGUUUGUCUCAUCUCAGCUAAAGAUUCCCUCAGACACUCUGUCCAAGUUUCCCGCCUUUGACAUCUAUUAUGUUUACAGCUUCAGCAGCGAACAGUUCGUUUAUUAUCUAACGAUGCAGCUAGACACACAGUUGACCUCACCGGAUGUUAGCGGGGAACAGUUCUUCACCUCUAAAAUUGUGCGCCUCUGCAUGGACGACCCCAAGUUUUACUCCUACGUUGAGUUUCCCAUUGGCUGCACUAAGGAUGGGAUAGAGUACCGCUUAGUGCAGGAUGCCUUCUUGGCUAGGCCAGGCCGGCAGCUGGCCAACUCCCUGGGGGUUUCAGAGAAUGAGGACAUCCUCUUCACGGUGUUCUCUCAGGGUCAGAAAAAUCGAGCGAAGCCACCCAAAGAAUCAGCGUUGUGUCUGUUCACCCUGAGGAAGAUAAAGGAGAAGAUCAAAGAGAGAAUUCAGUCGUGCUACAGGGGAGAAGGGAAACUCUCUUUACCCUGGCUGCUCAACAAGGAGCUCGAAUGCAUCAACUCGCCCCUGCAGAUAGAUGAUGACUUCUGUGGCCAGGACUUCAACCAGCCCCUGGGGGGAACCAGCACCAUCGAAGGGACGCCGCUCUUCAUAGACAAGGAUGAUGGCAUGACCUCUGUGGCAGCGUACGACUACCGUGGCAACACUGUGGCUUUUGUGGGCACUCGCAAUGGGAAGCUAAAGAAGAUUUUGGUGAACUCUGUGAGCACCAACCGUCCUGCUGUUCUGUACGAGAAGGUGACCAUCAGCGACAAUGGAAGUCCGUUACUGCGAGACAUGCUGUUCAGCCCCGACCUGCAGUACAUCUACACUCUGACCGACAGACAGGUGGUGAGAGUUCCAGUGGAGAGCUGUGAGCAGUACACCACUUGUGGCGAGUGUUUGGGCUCCAGAGAUCCCCACUGUGGUUGGUGUGUUCUCCACAAUGUAUGUUCCCGUAAAGACCAUUGUGAACGAGCCGGGGAGCCUCAGAGGUUUGCAUCUGACCAGAGACAGUGUGUGGAGCUGACUGUUCAGCCAAAAAAUAUCUCUGUCACCAUGUCUGAAGUCCAGCUGGUCCUCCAGGCUCGUAAUGUGCCCGAUCUGUCUGCGGGGGUUAACUGCUCCUUCGAGGACUAUGUGGAGACAGAGGGACGAAUCCAGGGUGGACACAUCUUUUGCUUGUCUCCAUCUGCUAAAGACAUCGCUCCCAUCACCAGGAACAAAGGUGACAAGCGGGUGGUGAAGCUCUACCUUAAGUCCAAGGAAACAGGAAAGAAGUUUGCCAGCGUUGACUUUGUCUUCUACAACUGCAGCGUCCACGAGUCCUGCCUUUCCUGUGUAAACGGCUCUUAUCCAUGUCACUGGUGCAAGUACCGCCACAUGUGCACUCAAAACGCCAACGACUGCUCUUUCCAGGAGGGACGUGUCAACAAUUCUGAGGACUGCCCCCAAAUCCUGCCAUCCACCCAGAUUUACAUCCCAGUUGGCGUGACCAAGCCCAUCACUUUAGCUGCCAGGAACCUGCCACAGCCCCAGUCCGGACAGAGGAACUACGAGUGUGUUUUCCACAUCCAGGGGGAGACCCACAGCGUUCCGGCUCUGCGCUUCAACAGCUCGUCCAUCCAGUGCCAGAAAACAGUGUACACAUAUGAAGGAAAUGACAUCAGUGACCUGCCAGUGGAUCUAUCUGUAGUUUGGAAUGGGAACUUCGUCAUCGACAACCCCUACAACAUUAAAGCUCACCUGUAUAAGUGCUAUGCACUGAGAGAAAGCUGUGGGAUGUGUUUGAAGGCGAACCCCAGAUUCGAGUGUGGCUGGUGCGUAGGGGAUAAGAAAUGCUCUCUCAGACAAGAGUGUGCUCCUCCAGAGAGCACCUGGAUGCACGCUACAACCGGGAACAGCCGCUGUGCACACCCUAAGAUCACAAAGCUGUCCCCAGAGACAGGACCCAGGCAGGGAGGGACCAUGCUGACCAUCAUCGGUGAGAACCUGGGCCUGCAGUUCAAAGACAUCCAGAAUGGAGUCCGCAUCGGGAAGGUGAUCUGCAGCCCUCAGGAGGACCAGUACAUCAGUGCUGAGCAGAUUGUGUGUCGGCUGAAUGAUGCAACGGGUUACCGAGUGCAGGACGCUCAGGUGGAGGUGUGUGUGAGAGACUGCAUUCAUCCUGACUACAAAGCAGUCUCGACCAAGGCCUUCACCUUUGUGUCUCCACAUUUUUCCCGUGUCCAACCCUCUGCCGGGCCUCUGUCUGGAGGAACAAGGAUCACCAUUGAAGGCAGUCACCUCAAUGCAGGCAGCGCCGUAUCUGUGAAGAUCGGGCUUCACUCAUGCCGCUUUGAGAGGCGGAACAGCAAGGAGAUUGUGUGCGUGACCCCAGCUGGCCAGGCCUCAGGUGCCACCCCGGUGAUGGUGGACAUCAACUCUGCAGAGAUGAGGAACCCGGAAGUCAAGUUCAGCUACACAGAUGAUCCCACCAUCCUCAAGAUAGAGCCAGAUUGGAGUAUCGCCAGUGGCGGAACCAUGCUGACCAUUACCGGAAUCAACCUGGCCACCAUUAAAGAGCCCAAAAUGAGAGCCAAGUAUGGAGCUGCAGAAUCAGAAAAUAACUGCACAGUCGUCAACAACACAGUGAUGGAGUGUCUGGCGCCCUCUGUGGCCGGAUCUGACAAGAGCUUUUCAGAACUGGGUAGCAGUCCGGAUGAGAUUGGUUUUGUCAUGGAUGGAGUUCGCUCGGUGCUGGUGGUAAACGAGACCUUCAGCUACCAUCCCAACCCAGAGUUUGAGCCUCUGAGCUCCACAGGCAUGCUAGAGCUGAAGCCCAGCUCACCACUCAUCCUCAAGGGCCGUAACCUAAUUCCUGCAGCUCCAGGGAAUACUAAACUGAACUACACGGUGCUGAUCGGGGAGACGCCCUGCGUUCUCACCCUGUCAGAGAGCCAGCUGCUGUGUGAGUGGCCCAAUCUGACCGGAGAACACAAAGUCACAGUUCGUGUUGGGGGCUUUGAAUACUCGCCGGGGACUCUUCAGAUCUACUCCGACAGCCUGCUCACCCUGCCCGCUAUCAUCGGUAUCGGAGGAGGUGGAGGCCUGCUUCUGCUGGUCAUCAUCAUGGUGUUGAUCGCCUACAAGAGGAAAUCAAGGGACGCCGACCGCACCCUCAAAAGGUUGCAACUUCAGAUGGACAACCUGGAGUCCAGGGUCGCUCUGGAGUGCAAGGAAGCCUUUGCAGAGUUGCAGACAGACAUCCACGAGCUCACGCAGGAGCUGGACGGAGCAGGAAUCCCCUUCCUGGACUACCGCACCUAUGCCAUGAGGGUCCUGUUUCCUGGGAUUGAGGACCAUCCUGUACUCAAGGAGAUGGAGGUACGGGUCCCUGCGAACGUAGAAAAGUCCCUGACGUUAUUCGGCCAGCUGCUGACCAAGAAGCACUUCCUGCUGACUUUUAUUCGCACCCUGGAAGGCCAGCGCUCCUUCUCCAUGAGAGACCGAGGCAAUGUGGCCUCCCUCAUCAUGACGGCGUUGCAGGGGGAGAUGGAGUACGCCACGGGUGUCCUCAAGCAGCUCCUGUCUGACCUUAUUGACAAAAACCUGGAGAGCAAGAACCAUCCAAAGCUUUUACUCAGGAGAACGGAGUCAGUCGCUGAGAAGAUGCUCACAAACUGGUUCACCUUCCUGCUUUACAAGUUCCUCAAGGAAUGUGCCGGUGAGCCUCUCUUUAUGCUCUACUGUGCCAUGAAGCAGCAAAUGGAAAAGGGGCCGAUUGAUGCGAUCACAGGAGAAGCUCGCUAUUCCCUCAGUGAGGAUAAACUCAUCAGACAACAAAUAGACUACAAGACUUUGACGCUGCACUGUGUGAACCCAGAGAAUGAAAAUGCUCCAGAGGUGACCGUGAAGAGCCUGAACUGUGACACGGUGACGCAGGUGAAAGAGAAGCUGCUGGAUGCCGUGUACAAAGGGACACCGUACUCCCAGAGACCGAAGGCCUCUGAUAUGGACCUGGAGUGGCGUCAGGGCAGGAUGGCCCGGAUCAUCCUCCAGGACGAGGACGUCACCACUAAGAUCGAUAACGACUGGAAAAGACUCAACACCUUAGCUCACUACCAGGUGACUGACAGUUCGGUGAUCGCCCUGGUGCCUAAACAGAACUCAGCCUACAACAUCUCCAACUCCUCCACGUUUACUAAGUCUCUCAGCAGAUACGGUACGAGAGAAGAGAGCAUGCUGCGGGCAGCCAGCAGUCCGGACAGCCUCCGGUCCCGAACGCCCAUGAUCACCCCCGAUCUGGAGAGCGGCACCAAGCUGUGGCAUCUGGUGAAGAACCACGACCACUCAGACCAGAGAGAGGGGGACAGGGGGAGCAAAAUGGUCUCUGAGAUCUACCUGACCAGACUGCUGGCCACUAAGGGUACGCUCCAGAAGUUCGUAGAUGAUCUGUUUGAAACCAUCUUCAGCACAGCACACCGGGGCAGCGCCCUGCCGCUCGCCAUCAAGUACAUGUUUGACUUCCUGGAUGAGCAGGCGGAUAAGCACUCCAUAUCCGACCCAGAUGUACGGCACACCUGGAAGAGCAACUGUCUUCCUCUGAGGUUCUGGGUUAAUGUGAUCAAGAACCCCCAGUUUGUCUUUGACAUCCACAAGAACAGCAUCACAGACGCCUGCUUAUCUGUGGUGGCUCAGACCUUCAUGGACUCAUGUUCAACAUCAGAGCACAAACUUGGGAAGGACUCGCCUUCUAACAAGCUGCUGUAUGCUAAAGACAUCCCCAACUACAAGAACUGGGUAGAAAGGUACUACGCUGAUAUUUCCAGGAUGCCUGCCAUCAGUGACCAGGACAUGAGUGCCUACCUUGCGGAGCAGUCUCGUCUGCACUCCAACCAGUUCAACAGCAUGUCUGCUCUACACGAGAUCUACUCGUACAUCGUCAAGUACAAGGACGAGAUCUUGUCAGCUUUGGAGCGGGACGAGCAGUCAAGGAGACAGAGACUGAGGAGCAAGUUGGAGCAGGUCAUCGACACAAUGGCCCUGACCAGCUGAGGACCACCCUCCUCCUCCUCUUCUUCACUUCUCCUCUCCAUCUGUUAUUUCCCCCUUCGUCUCUGUCACCCGGACGAAAAACAAAAGUCCAACCGCCGGACCGGAGCAGUAGACAAACUGGGCAGGGAGGGGUUCAGCAGAGACGGGCGGGCCUGUGUACGCUUACAUGUCUAUGUUUGUGUUUGUCUGCAACCCCGUGAGGUGUGUGUGUAAAAGAGAGAGGGAAAAAGAGCGACAGCGGGCACCUUCACACACACGAAGAACAAGUUGACUGACAGCAUUUUGUUAUCGUGGAUGUUGACGUUUGUGGUUUGCUUGAUUUUGAUUUGAGACUUUUUGUCAUGAUGACGCUGAUGAUGAUAUCAAUGGAAGCUCACAAAAGAACUCCGUAUAUAUUACAUCAUUAUCAGCAGAAUGGACCAAUCAGUCGUGAGCCAGUGAAGAGAGGCUCUUUAGGUCACGUGACCCCAUCAGGCGUCACGCUUUUGUUUUUGUUUUUUGUAAAAAUGUAAUCAACUGCCCUCUCUCUGAUCUCUCGCCACUUGUAUUACUGCUUAAUUUGCACAAUUUACAGAAACGUUACAAAGCAAGACUAUAUAGAUAUUAUAUAUGAGUACAGCAAAGUUUCUAAGGACAGAUUAGGAGGAAAACCUUUUCUUUUUUGCUUUGGGAUUCCUUUAAAUGAACAGAUACAGGGAAACAAAACCAGUUGUGAUUUGAUUUUCAAGAAGAAAUAAAAGAAGAAAAGUCGGCAGAAAAUGAACGAAAAAUAAAAAAUCUGUACUGUGCCAAGUUUCCUUUGAAUGUUGUUUAGUGUGAAGACUUUUCCUUAGAUGGGAUGUGCUACUGCCGGAUAUUAAAUAUGAACAUGCCUAGUGACUGAAAAAGGUUAGCGGCUAGAGUAACGACCCAUCGUGGGAAGGACAGUUGUCACGACGAUGAGAUGCUGUUGUUGUAGUCGAUCAGUGCAAUCUGUAGGUUUCAUAAAGCCAAAUAUGACACGAUUGUUGCUUUAUCAUUGUUCUGCUGGUUUCUGGCUGCUUUUCCUUUAUGUCUCCAGCAGCAUCAGCUGCUUCAGGAUUAAGAGGCGGAGUCAUGACGUAGCCGCGCAGCUCUACCUGGAAUAUUACCCUUAAUGAUUUAACCAUUAGAUUGCCACUUCUUUUUAAAUUUAGUAAGAAAAUAGUCUUCAGGAGCCAAGGUCCUGCCUGCAUAUUUAGCAUAAAUGUUUUUAGGAGCUACAAUGAGGUCAGGUAGCGCUUAGCAGAGCGCCUUCAGAAGUAAGACUAAGUCAGAAAAGCCGUUUCCAGCCUACAGCCACAGUUGCGUUUCUCUACGGUAAUACCCAAAUAAAUGGGCAUGGAAAUGAUAAACGGAGUGUUUCUUUCCACCUCUGACCUAUAAAUUUGAAACAUGGAUUUUAGCUUUUUAUCCUCUCAGAGUUUGUGAGAUAGAGUGAUGAGACGUCUGUUCAUUAGCUACAGCAGGCUGAGUAAUCCUGCUCUUGGCCUGCAGCUCUUGUUUUGAAACCAGACAUGUUUGGCUUCAGCUUUUUAUAUUACUACUUUCUUCAGACUGUUUCUUUCCCUUUCCAUGCUUUUUGACCUCAUGGUGAAAAAUCAUUUCAUUUCUUUGCUUGCCGAAAACCAAACAGUGGUCUGUGUAAUGUUUUUGUAGUUUCAUUUGUAAAUUGUAAACUUUUUCAUGAACAAAAGCAGUUUUUCCCUUAUUUUUAAUUUCUUUUGUAAUGUUUAUUUCUUUGACGUGUAAAUUGUACAUUUUGAGGUACAUGGAAGAGAAAAUUCCUUUCAGCCUGCCUGGAGAUGAAGUAAACUUGACGGAACUUUUUAUUUCCCUGAUGUCAAGGAUCCAUAAAGCGAUUGUAUGGGAUCAGACAAACGUCCGCGUCGUAGUGAUGGAAAUGUGACUUGCUGCUUUAACUAUUGAGGUUUUGUUUUUAUCAGACAUUAGGGCUGUCAGUCAGUGCUGAUCAUAAAUGCUGUUCCACCUGACUGUUUAUCUGAGCUGCACAUCAACACGUCUCAACUGGAAACGGAAACGAAGCAGAUUAACUCCGAACACACACAAUUGAUCAGCAGCAGAUCAAUAUGUUUGCUAUUUCUGCAACAAUAUUCAAUAUGUUACUCAUCAGUUUCUUUAGACUCGAUGUUGCUUUUAUAUUAAAUAGAUGAGGUUAGAAGAGGACUUCGCAGACUCUGUCAGACACCAUCUGCUCCCUCCCUAAACACACAGUCUGGGUUGUAACAUUCUCUGUUUUUUGCUCUCAGUCUGGCUGAUUUCAGCCUCUCUGUCAUUUCCAUCAUCACCUCCCUGUUUAGACUGGCCUUGUUUUGUGAGUCUAAACAUAUUUCCAGAGAAACUCAUCAGCUUCUCUCCUCCAUCCUUCACUUUGCAUCGAUUCUGACUGAUGACUUGUAUUUACUGGUACUGAUGUUGAAGAAUGUUCAUUGUCUAAAAGCAUUUAUGUCAUCAGCAGCUGCCAGCAUCCCAGCUGUUGGUGUUUCUGGUUUUCAGCUGGUUUCAGUCUCAUGAACAGAUCAGUUACUGUACCAUCUUCAGGUUUUGUGGAUUCAGCCCUUUAUCUUGUCUACUGCUUUGCUCAAGAGUCAGUUUUGCCUUUCUGAACCAUCGCUGGAUCAAAGAAAACGUCCUGGCAUCUCCCUGCUCCUUAGUCUGGAUUUUUGUUUUCUUCAGAAGGAAAGUUACCAAGGAUCCAUGGAAACACAAAGCAACUGAAUUUCAGAUCGUCUGCAAGACACUUUUAUUACUCUGGUAACCACUCCGUUUUUAGAGUAUCAAACUUGAAGCGACUGUCACAAGUUUGCAGGUUAACAUUCAUUGUGUAAAUAUUCUGUUAUUUCCUAUUUUGCAGAUUUACUACUUGUAAAUAAACACGCAUCAAGGAGA